AUGGCGAAGCUAAUGCCAUCAGGUCAUCCAGGCACUCCAAGCAAACCGGGACGACCAGGCACUCCAAGCAAACCGGGACACCCAGGCACUCCAAGCAAACCGGGACAACCAGGCACUCCAAGCAAACCGGGACACCCAGGCACUCCAAGCAAACCGGGACAACCAGGCACUCCAAGCAAACCGGGACACCCAGGCACUCCAAGCAAACCGGGACAACCAGGCACUCCGAGCAAACCGGGACAACCAGGCACUCCAAGCAAACCGGGACAACCAGGCACUCCAAGCAAACCGGGACAACCAGGCACUCCAAGCAAACCGGGACACCCAGGCACUCCAAGCAAACCGGGACAACCAGGCACUCCAAGCAAACCUGGACACCCAGGCACUCCAAGCAAACCGGGACAACCAGGCACUCCAAGCAAACCGGGACACCCAGGCACUCCAAGCAAACCGGGACAACCAGGCACUCCAAGCAAACCGGGACACCCAGGCACUCCAAGCAAACCGGGACAACCGGGCACUCCGAGCAAACCGGGACAACCGGGCACUCCGAGCAAACCGGGACAACCGGGAACUCCGAGCAAACCGGGACAACCGGGCACUCCGAGCAAACCGGGACAACCAGGCACUCCGAGCAAACCGGGACAACCAGGCACUCCGAGCAAACCGGGACAUCCGGGCACUCCGAGCAAACCGGGACAACCGGGCACUCCGAGCAAACCGGGACAACCAGGCACUCCGAGCAAACCGGGACAUCCGGGCACUCCGAGCAAACCGGGACAACCAGGCACUCCGAGCAAACCGGGACAUCCGGGCACUCCGAGCAAACCGGGACAACCGGGCACUCCGAGCAAACCGGGACAACCGGGCACUCCGAGCAAACCGGGACAACCGGGAACUCCGAGCAAACCGGGACAACCGGGCACUCCGAGUAAACCGGGACAACCGGGCACUCCGAGCAAACCGGGACAACCAGGCACUCCGAGCAAACCGGGACAACCAGGCACUCCGAGCAAACCGGGACACCCAGGCACUCCGAGCAAACCAGGACAUCCCGGCUAUCCAGGACAACCAGGUAAUCCAGGACUCCCCGGACAACCCGGCAAUCCAGGACAACCAGGAGGCCCGGGUCAACCAGGAACUCCAGGACAGCCAGGACACCCUGGCUAUCCAGGACAACCCGGCAAUCCAGGAUAUCCCGGAAAUCCAGGACACCCCGGCUAUCCAGGACAACCAGGUAAUCAAGGACACCCCGGCAAUCCAGGACAACCCGGCUAUCCAGGUAAUCCCGGAAAACCAGGAAAACCAGGCAAAGCAACGAAGAAAACAACAAGCUCACACCAAGAGUCCGGUACUUCAUCUGGAAGCAGCUCAUCCCAGAACGAGGAUACUACUGAUGCCAAGGGUAACAGGCGCAUUAAGACUUCAAACGCUAGUGACAAGUCCGACAGCAACAAGAAAUCCUCUCAAGCUCAAACUGUUAUCAGGAAGUCCGAUGGAUCAACAAUCAAGAAAUCAUCCCAGGCCGCCAGUGAAUCCGACAACAAAGCAAGAUCGUCCAAUAUUCGCGAGAAAAAGAUAAAUGCCGAUGGAUCCUCCAGUGAUAGGUCUGAGAAAAGCGCGUCCAAGUCCUCCCACAAAGCCGCUUCAAGCAACAACCGAUUAAAGCAAGUAAACAGAGACGGAUCUUCUGUUGAGUCUUCUGACAAAAAUGCUUCAAACGAAAACAGAAAAGCUGCGUCUACCAAUAAGAAAGUUAAACAAAUAAACAAAGAUGGCUCGUAUCGGGUAGCGUCAGAGCAAUCAGCUUCUAAUGAAAGUGACAAAGCCGCUUCCACCAACAGGCAAACGAAACAGAUAAACAAAGACGGAUCUUACAAGGAGGCAUCUGAACAAUCAGCUUCAAAGCAAAACAGCAAGAAUGCUUCUACCAACAAACAAUCAAAAGUAGUAAACAAAGAUGGAUCCUAUAAGCAGUCCUCUGAACAAUCUGCUUCGAAAGAGAACAACAGGGCUGCUUCCAGAAACACCCAAGUUAGACAGGUAAACAAAGAUGGCUCUUAUGUUCAGGGCUCAGAG